GCUCCGUUUCUCGGAGCUGGGCCCCAACGAGCGGCCUCACACAAUACCACCUCCUAAAGACAUAUUCGGUCACCAAAAUCACCUCCUCCGUUCAAUGGACCUAGGCUCCAGUGAACGGGAAAGGAAAACGGAGCCGCUUCGCUCGCCCGCGCCGCCGUCGCGAUGCGAAGAGAGGAGUUCGGCGGAGCGCGAGCGCAGCACGGAGCGGAGAGACACAGGUGCGGAGGAGUGGCCGGCGUCGCCGCCGCCGCUCAACAACAACACGACGCACCACAACCACAACGGGCCGGCGCUGCCGCCGCCGCCGAGCCCGUUCCGCUUCGAGGAGCACCGGCCGUACCGCUUCGCGGAGGAUAUGGGCCCGCUGCCGCCUGGCGCGCUAGUGGGCCGCCUCGGCGACUCGCUCAUCCCCAAGGGCGACCCCAUGGAGGCGCGCCUGCAGGAGAUGCUGCGCUACAACAUGGACAAAUACGCCAACUCGAACCUGGACACGCUGCACAUCAGCCGGCGCGUGCGCGAGCUGCUGUCCGUGCACAACAUCGGCCAGCGGCUCUUCGCCAAGUACGUGCUGGGCCUGUCGCAGGGCACCGUCUCCGAGCUGCUCUCGAAGCCAAAGCCCUGGGACAAGCUCACGGAGAAGGGCCGCGACUCGUACCGCAAGAUGCACGCGUGGGCCUGCGACGAGGCCGCCAUCAUGCUCCUCAAGUCGCUCAUUCCCAAGAAAGUGGGUACAAAAGAUGGCACUGCAGCACCAGGUUUUGGAAGGUCAGAUGGCGAAGGUGACGAAAGGCUUGCACAUAUUCUCACUGAGGCUUCCCACAUGAUAAAAACCCCAACUCAGAACACGAAUGAUGACUCUAGAAGUAAUGAAGACUCAAGUUCACCCAGGACGCAAUGCCCCUCCCCAUUCUCAAAUAAGGAUUCAAGUCAAAAUAGAAGGCUGAAAAAAUAUGAAAACGACGACAUUCCUCAAGAGAAAGUAGUUCGCAUAUACCAAGAAGAACUCGCCAAAAUAAUGACGAGGCGAGUUGAUGACAUGCGGCACAACCGUGAAGGCUUUCCUGGCGGCGGCAUGCCUCCACACAUGGAAAGGCCACCGGAGGACAUCCGCAUGGCCAUCGAAGCGUACCACCGAGAGCUCGCCAAAAUACAGCCAGGCGGGAACAUGCCCAACUUGCACAAUUUACCCGGAAUGCCGCCCUUUCCCAACCUCAUCGCCUUGCAACACCAGGCGAUGCAAGCGCAGAACCAGCACAUGAACGGUUCCGGCGCGGUCCAAGACCUCUCCCUGCCUAAAGACAAAAACGCCAAAAUGAACGGUAUGACUGAUAGCGAUAAGGACAGACAGAUGGACGCGGAGGAGGCGAUACGGCACGCGGGGAGCGCCUUCUCUUUGGUGAGGCCGAAGCUGGAGCCGGGCCAGCAGUCUACGGGCUCGUCGGCCUCCAGCCCGCUUGGGAACGCCAUCCUGCCGCCGGCCAUCACGCCCAAUGAAGACUUUAGUACCUCGGCGGCUGCCAGCCCCUUGCAGCGAAUGGCGUCCAUAACGAAUAGCCUAAUAUCCCAACCCCCGAACCCUCCACACCACGCCCCUCCCCAGAGAUCGAUGAAGGCCGUGCUUCCACCGAUCACGCAGCAACAGUUUGAUCUAUUCAACAAUCUAAAUACAGAAGAUAUAGUGAAAAGGGUGAAAGAGGCGUUGAGUCAGUACUCGAUAAGUCAGAGGCUGUUCGGAGAAUCAGUUUUGGGGCUAUCGCAGGGCUCCGUCAGUGACCUGCUAGCUAGACCCAAACCCUGGCACAUGCUGACGCAGAAAGGAAGGGAGCCGUUCAUUAGAAUGAAGAUGUUCCUGGAGGAUGACAAUGCUGUUCAUAAAUUGGUCGCGUCGCAGUACAAGAUCGCGCCAGAAAAGCUGAUGAGGACCGGAAAUUAUAGCGGAGCACCACCGUGUCCGCCCAACAUGAACAAGCCGCUGGCGCCGACGCAGAAGAUGCUGUCGGAGGCGACGUCGCUGCUCAGCAAGAUGCAGCAGGAGCAGCUGCUCGGCGGCGCGCUGCACCUACCGCCCGCGCUGCUGCUCACGCCGCCCGGCUUCGCGCCGCCGCACGCGCCGCACGCGCCGCACGCGACGCACCUGCCGCACGCGCCGCACGUGCCGCACGCGCCGCACGCGCCGCACCUGCCGCCCGACGGCAAGGAGCGCAAGCCGGCGCGCGCGCUGCCGCCGCACGUGGCGCCCAGCGUGUACGAGAUGGCGGCGCUCACGCAGGACCUCGACACGCAGACCAUCACCACCAAGAUCAAGGAGGCGCUGCUCGCCAACAACAUAGGCCAGAAGAUCUUCGGCGAGGCGGUGCUCGGCCUCUCGCAGGGCUCUGUCAGCGAGCUGCUGUCCAAACCGAAGCCGUGGCACAUGCUCAGCAUCAAGGGCCGCGAGCCCUUCAUCCGCAUGCAGCUGUGGCUCAGCGACGCGCACAACAUCGACCGCCUCCAGGCGCUGAAGAACGAGCGGUCAGAUACUAAUAUAGAAGUUUCUCAGGUGACCAACCACUUUGAGCUGAUCAACUACUCGGAGUGGGGGAGCUGCGUGAACGGGGUGAUGUACGCUUGUGACCUAUCGCACUACAGUGAUGAGCCAGCGGUGAACGGUGAUGGUGAACUGGCUGGAUUGAUUAAGAAGACUAAGCCGAAGUUUAAACUGAACGGCGCCCUAACCGCGCCCUCGGGUCCCGCGGAGUGCGCCUGCGGGACCGGCGCCCCGCCCUCCGCCGCGUGGGAGGGCUCCGCGCUUGUACCUCACGGCGCCCUACUACAGUUCGGAUGCUUGCGCUAUGUGUUCAGUAUUACCGAUACGCGCCGUUAGUGUGUAGUGUCCCUGGCGCCAUGGGGCCUCAGUGGAACCUAAAUUGUGUACACAGUAGAUAAAACUGAUACGCGAUGAUAGUGUGUAGUGUCAAUAGCGCCCUAGGGCUUCAGUGGAUCCUUAAUUGUGUAUAAUAGUAGACAUAAAACUGAUACGUGAUAAUGGUGUCAGUAACGAAUCAAGGGCCGCUGUAGUCAUUUAUUGAAUAUUCAGUAGACAUGUGAUACGCAACAUUAUGUUGUAGUGUCAAUGGGGUCCUGAGGCCCCGGCGCCCUAUCUGCAUCCUGAAGCUUCAAUCAAGCCUAAUGGUAUAUAAGAAAGACAAUAGAAAAUUUUAAUGGGUGUGGUGAUAAUGGCGCCUUUGUCCCAUCACGGAGUUUCAGUGAAGCUCUUAUUGUGCAUGGAAUAGACGGUAUCACAGAUACGCGCCUUUAAUACACUUGCUGUUAGUGGCGCCCUUAUCGCGCCCUAGUGCCUCAAUGGAGUCCAAAUUAAGUAUGAAAAUAGUUUUUGCGGCAUUUCUAUAAACAUUGCACGUGAAGACUCCCUAACUGCGCCCUUUUUAUAUUUUAUAUGGAUGCAUUAUGGGAAGUAAAUUGAAAUAAUUUGUGUUUGUUGGAAUUUAUUUUUAUUGAAAAUUUUUGGACAAAAAAGGUGACAUGCACUUAUAAUUAGAUUUAAAUUAAAUUUCUAAAUUUCUAACUAAAAUGUAUAAGCAAGGAUUUCUAUACCUCCUGUGUUAUUCUGGUACAUAAGGUGCAUUACUGCGGAGUAUUAUCAAAAUCGGUUCAGUGGUUUCCACUUGAAAGAGUGGCAAACGUACAUCCUUACAAACCUACGCGUUUAUAAUAUCAUUAGGAUGUAAUUUUAUAUUAUUUCUGUCAUAACAGCUAACGCCUCAAAGAAAGCGUUUACAUAAAGUUCUUGGUCUAAAUCGAAAGAACUAAUGAAAAGAUAAUCGUAUAGAUAGAUUUAAAACUAGCGUUCCGCCCCGGCUUCACCCGUGGUCCGUUUUUCUCUAUAAAAAUCUUCCUUGUGCCUUAAAAAAACGUUAAAUAAAAUUUUGCCAAUUUGGUCUAACUGUUAUCAAGUUUUACAUUUGACGAUACAUUUUUAAUUAUAUAGUUAGAUAAACAAAUUCAAGUAUUGCUCGAAGAACAAUAAUAAAUUUUAUAUAAACAGCGAUUUAUUUCCCAGCCAUGUGUGUAUAAAUGUUGCUAUGUAAGUCUUUUACUUUCUCAUUUCCUAUUUAUAGAUAAGUGUUAUUGUACUUUAGUUAGGCUUUUGCUAUCGAAUAAAACACAUUAAAAUUG